AUGGGAUGGAGGCAGAUCUUUCAUUUGCCUCGAGAAAUGUGUCGACAGGUGGCUCUUGCACUUCAGCAUCCAGAACUAUACCUUGACAAAGUGAAAGAUGCUGGAGAGCCAAUAGAAAGUUCGGCUAAAUGCACGUCAUGUAAUUUUGCCUUAGCCUUCACUGAUGAAGACUUAUUGUUGGGUUCAAAACCUCACAACCGACCCUUGUUUGUUGCUGGUUAUAUUUUUGGCCAGAGAGUGAAUCGUAUCUUAGUGGAUGGAGGUUCAGCUGUCAACAUCAUGCCAAAGUCCACCAUGAUUGAUUUGGGGAUCACUAUGGAAGAUCUUUCUGAUAGUCGUCUAAUGAUCCAGGGGUUCAAUUUGAACAGUCAGCGUGCCAUAGGCAUAAUACGUCUUAACCUUGUGAUGGGAGAGUUAACAUCAUCUACUCUCUUCCAUGUCAUAGAUACAAAGACGUCAUAUAAAAUGUUGCUUGGACGACCAUGGUUACACGAAAAUGGGGUGGCGCAUCAACCCUUCAUCAAUGUCUGA